AUGAAGGCAAUGCUAGUUGUUUUUGUGCUUCUGUCCAGAAGCCCGAUAUUCGCUCAGGAUACCAGAGGUUUGAACUUCAACAUAACAGGACCGGUUGUUUCUGAAUCUGGUAAAACGGACACCUCUCUUCAGAAUGAGGUCAAAGAACUGACUUGUCCCUUUAACCUGUGUGCUGCACUGCUGAAGGAACAGGGGGCAACUGAGGAAAAAUUGAAGGCAACAGAGACACGACUGGUGUUACUUGAAACCAGUCUACAAGAGCUGAUGACCAGACUUGCGAUUAGUGAAGGACAGAUUGAGCAACUCAAAAUUGUAAACAGAGACAAACCAAAAGUUGCAUUUUCAGCAGCAGUAGGAGGACAUGGCUACACUGGACCAUUUGACACAAAUACAACUUUGGUUUACAAGAAUGUCUUCAUUAAUAUUGGUGGUGCUUACAACCGUGCUACAGGUAUUUUUGCAGCACCGGUAAAAGGAGUGUACUAUUUCAGUAUCUUCUAUCAUUCUGGAGUUCAGUAUGCAACAACAUUAUCCAUGUAUAGAAAUGGACAGCUAGCAGCAACAACACAUCAUGAUAAGGGAGCAGGUGUUCAAGAGAACGGAGGCGUCGGACUCACGCUUCUGUUAGAGAGAGGGGAGCAUGUCUAUAUUAUGCUCUGGGCAAAUACACGGAUCUGGGAUGGAGUAAAUAUCAACACUGUAUUCACUGGCUUUCUUGUAAAUGAAUUGUAA